UCAGCUGGGUUUUUCCAAUCCAAUGGCUAAACCAGUCUCUCUGUCUCUUCUGUUCCUUCGCCCCGCCACACUCUCCCGCCUUCUCCCACACCCACCAACCCUCACCCUCACCCUCACCCGCACCAGAACCAACCCCCUUCUCUCCUCCCAUACGCCGUCGUUUUCAACCACCUCCACUCCAUUCCCACUCCAGUACGACCUCAUCAUCAACCGCCCCACCCAGUCCUCGCUCGACCGCCGCCCCCGCCUCCCCUCCCGCGCCGCCAAACCCGACUCAUCCGGGUCGGAGUCCGAUUCCCCCGAAAAGCCCAACGAAUUGGGGUUCGACAACUGGCUGGACCAGAAGCUCGAUCCGAUGGAGAAGAAGAAGAGGAAGUAUUAUAACAAGCGGAGGAAGCGGAUGUACGGCGGCGAUUCGGAGGAGGAGGAGGAGAAGCGGCGGGAGGAGGAGAGGCUGGUGGAGCUGAAGCCGGAGGUGGUGGAGUUCAACACGUUGCAUAAGAGAGAGGAGGAGCUCUACUUCUACGAUACGUUUGCGUAUCCAUGGGAGAAGGACAGGCAUUACAAGAUGGUGUACCAGCUGGAGAAGAAGUACUAUCCCGACCAGUGUCUGGACAAAGCGUUUCUCGAACCCGGUGCAACGAAUUGCAAUCUGAGUAGGAACAAGAAAGAUGGCGGCGAUGAUGAUAAGGGAAUGGUGUUUUUCGAGGGGAAGGGGGAGGGAGAAUCGAGAGAACCGGCUGCUGCGACGAAGGAUGUUGCAGAGAAGAAGGUGGAGGAGUUUUUCAAGUGUUUGAAGAAAGUGCCGAAUGAAGAAGUUAGUAAUGAGGGGGAGCCGUAUCUGUUGACAAGGAGUAGCGAGCUUCCUCCCAGGUGGGACGGGCCGUAUGGGACUGUGGUUUUGGUGAACAAACCGAAAGGGUGGACGUCUUUUACAGUCUGUGGAAAGCUGCGGCGACUAGUCAAAGUGAAGAAGGUAGGGCAUGCUGGUACGCUUGAUCCGAUGGCAACUGGUUUGUUAAUUGUAUGUGUUGGUAAAGCUACUAAGGUUGUAGACAGCUAUCAAGGUAUGACCAAGGGUUACAGUGGAGUUUUCCGUCUGGGGGAGGCUACUUCAACUUGGGAUGCUGAUUCACCGGUCAUUCAGCGUGAGCCGUGGGAGCAUAUCAAAGAUGAAGAUAUAAAGAAAACUGCUGCAUCCUUUUGUGGAGAGAUCUGGCAAGUACCUCCAAUGUUUUCUGCCAUCAAAGUUGGAGGUGAAAAGAUGUAUGAGAAGGCAAGAAGAGGAGAAAGCAUUGAACUCUCACCCAGACGGAUAUCAAUCUAUCAGUUUGACAUUGAGCGCAGCUUAGAUGACAGACAAAAUUUGAUUUUCCGGGUUACUUGCUCUAAAGGGACAUAUAUUAGGUCUCUAUGUGCAGAUUUGGGGAAAGCUCUCGGCAGUUGUGCUCAUUUAACUGCUCUUCGGAGAGAUUCAAUUGGGGAAUAUUCUGCAGAUAAUGCAUGGGACUUCAAAGAGCUGGAAGAUGCAAUUACCAAAACAUAUUUCUAGCUUAGCUAUUUCAGUCUGAUUCUUUGUCUUACUAGUUCUGAAGCUUUACAAAGAGGAAGGCGUAGAAGAUCUAACAAAUUUUCAAAACUCACAAUCAUAAAGUUUAGAUAUUUUUUUUCCCCUUUCAACUGCCUAAAUCUGAAAUGUAUUAGUGUUCAUUGUAUGAGUCAUUUACUAUUCAUUAUUUAAGUAAUCAAUAUCUUGGAGUA